CUUUAAAAAUGUUAGCUCGUUCUAAAUUAUUCUUUAAACUGAGAACCUCUCUUUUUACCCAAGUGAGAUGCUUUUCUAAUCAAAUAACGGUUAACCAGGCUGACUCACUUCCUGAACCUGAAGUAUUACUGACUGAAUACGGAGAAUUAGUGAAUGUCAAGCCGAUGAAGCGGAGCAAAAAUCCAUAUGAGAGAAGUUACAAAGAAGUGUUCAUGAUAGACGAUAACUCAUCGGUCAGGGUGAUUAUGAAGGUGUUGAGCCAUAACAAAAACUGCUAUUUCUUGUUUGAUCCUGAAGGAGCUCACUAUACCAACUCUAUGUCUAUUUAUAGAGCAAUCAGGAAGAAAGUCUUCGAAAGAUAUUACGGCAUGAACAGAAUCAAGGCUGAUACUGUGAGCAAUAAGAAUGCAUUUUCGAAAUGUAAAACUCCUCUAGAUAUUUUUCACAGGGAAAGAAACGUCAGGCUCAAUAUUUCUCAAGAGUUAGGCAGGAUUGGAUACCUUGUCGAGAAAGAUUUUAGUCUGAGGAUUAAAGGCCAGAACCGCCCAGAGCUGAAGACAUUAGCACAGGUGAUUCCAGAGCAAGCUGGGCUAUAUAAGCCAUUGAAUGAUUAUAAGAAGUCUGAUUAUUUCCUUCCUUCUAAUAUGCUUUAUGGGAUGAUAUCUUCAGAAGAAUGGGAAAAGAACGGUAUUGAAAUCUUGACUCUGGAUAAUCAUAUGAUUUAUCCACUGUAUGGUGUAUGGAGCCCAACCACUCAGACACAUUUGAGUUUAUUAGACUUAUUCAUGAAAUCCUUGCCUGAUCCGAGUCAGAUUAAUAAUGUCAUUGAUAUUGGCUGUGGAACUGGCAUUUUAGGCAUCCUUGCUGGAAAAUAUGGAACUUCAGGAGAAUUGAUUGGCAUUGAUAAUUUUGAGAAUGCGGUGGAAUGAACAAAAAUUAACUCCCAGGUUCAUGGUUUGGGUACAAAAUUAAAGCCAAUCUUGUUCGACUUAACCACACUAUAUCACAACAAGGCUCUUUUUAAGGAAUCAGGGAUAACUGAUUUACAAGCGAAACCUUCUUUGAAUACUCCAUCUUUUAUUAAAGAACAAAUGAUGUACAAGAAGGUAAUCAAUCAGCUAGGAAUGCCAAGUAAAUAUGAUCUUAUUUUGGCGAAUCCUCCAUGGCUACCAGCAUCCAAGCUUCCUGAAAUAAAUCCACUAGAUAAUGGAGUGUAUGAUCCUGAGGAAGUCUUUUUAAAAUCCUCUCUAAAUUUUGCAAGAUUGCACCUUUCUCCAGAGAAAAGAGGAAGAAUGCUCCUGAUAUACAGUGACUUAGCCCAGAUUAUAGGACUUCAGAAGAAAAAUAGAAUUGAGGACUUGAUUCAUAGUGCAGGAUUAUUUAUUGAUGAGGUUUAUGAGACCCCAAUGGCACUUUCAAAGAAACCUUAUGACCCACUUGUUAAUUACAAAGCAGAGGCUAAAGUACAAAUGUUUGAAAUUUGUAAAGCUUAAUUCAAUCUUAUCCUUGGGUUUUCUACCAUAUCUAAUUGGCAAGCAGUGAU